AUGAGGCUUCCAUCCGUGCUGGUCUUGGUCCAGUGCCUAAUACCGCUGCUCGUAUGGGCAGACCCCGAUCUUGUCAAACUUGGCAGGCUCUUCUUGAGCAUCCCAUCCGGCGAAAAGGGAAGCUGUAUGAACCGCGAUGUGCAAGGGGUAUAUACAGACGCCAAGACCCACCUCACCGACGCAAUCAAGGCCCUGAGUGUCUUGAUUAGAGGGAGAGUCGACGACGACGACUAUGGGCGAAAUAUGAUGAAUCUUGCGUCAGCCUAUUUCGGCAUCAGUUACAACUCGAAUGAUAAGUGCACAUUGAAAAUCACGGAGAAGAAGAGUUCCUUGAAAAUCUUGAAACAAGCUCUCGUCGGGGGCACGAGCGAGAUGAGCAAGAAAUGGAAACUGGAGUGCACGGAUGACGACCUGGAAUGGGCGACCACCCUCGGCGAUCUGGGGAACAAGACACACCCGCAAGACUCUCUUAUCGACGCACUCAAAAAGGCCGGAAAGAAAGAUUACAGUAAAAAAAAGGGGCUCUAUAUCGCCAAGAAUCUUUCGCCAAAGACAUCGGACGGAGUAUACGAAUACCAGAACGCGGUGUAUGCGACCGGCGGGGACCAAGCAGGCCCUAACGUGGAAUACUGUGCCAGCACGGGUCGCAGCCCCAACGGCCAAGGGAAAAAGGUGGCAACCGCCUAUCGACCGUCAAAACUUCUGGUUCUAUGCGAGAAGUUCUUUACGUGGCGUACCAUUGCCAAAGCAGAAGAGUUGGCUGAGUAG